CCUGUUUACUUUCAGUUUAGGUUAGAUGAAAAGCAAAGCAAAAUAUCUUACUUUUCAUACUCUGGACUCUGAAAUUAUUAUUUUUUAUUCAAUAACAUGUAGUCAUUUGUAAAAUAUAGCAUGAGUUUACUUGAACUGAAGAGAUCAAAACCAACAACAUAUGAUAUGGUUUUACAAAUUUCAGAAGGAAACUGUCAAAUUUGUGAAGAUAAAGCAACUGGCAAGCACUAUGGCGCAUUAAGCUGCGAUGGUUGCAAAGGCUUUUUUCGUCGAAGUAUUCGCAAAAAUCAAAAAUAUUCUUGUAGAUUUUCGAAAGAUUGUAAUAUUGUUCGUGAUAACAGAAACCAAUGUCGAUAUUGUAGGCUUAAAAAGUGUUUUUUUGUAGGAAUGAAGAAAGAAGCUGUUCAAAAUGAAAGAGACAAAAUAUCUAGAUCCAAACCUCCUGAGGAACAUGAUCUUACUUUAAAUCCACAGACUCUAGUUAAUGCUGAAAUGCUUUCUCGUCCAGCACAGUCUCCAUCAGAUUGUAAAACUGGGCGCGAAGCUACAAGCCAUGAUAUAGUUGAAUCAAUGAAGCAGCAGCUACUUGUUUUAGUUGAAUGGGCUAAAUACAUUCCAGUAUUUUGUGACUUGCCUCUUGAUGACCAAGUUUCUUUACUCCGAGCACAUGCUAGUGAACAUUUAGUUUUAGGUGUUGCAAGGCGCUCUAUGGCAUAUAAUGAUGCAUUGUUGUUAGGCAAUGAUCUUAUUAUUUCUCGCAACCAACCUGAGGUAGAAAUUCGUCGUAUUGCAAUUAAAAUUAUGGAUGAAAUAGUGACACCAAUGGUUGAGUUAAACAUUGAUGACACAGAAUAUGCUUGCCUAAAAGCUAUUGUAUUUUUCAAUCCUGAUGCACGCGGCUUAAGUGAUAUUAAACGAAUAAAGAAGAUGCGUUUUGAGGUGCAAACUGCAUUGGAAGACUACAUCAGUGAAUGUUCAUUUGAUUGUCGUGGUAAGUUUGGUGAAGUUUUACUUCUCCUACCUUCUUUGCAAGCAGCAGCAUCAAUUAUGGUAGAACAAUUACAAUUUGCUCGUUUGUUUGGUGUUGCUAAAGUUGACAAUUUACUACAGGAGAUGCUACUUGGAGGCUCAGGUGUUCAAGAUCAACUUGAUGCUUUAACACUAUCUCCACUUCAAACCGAAUCUCCAGAGUCAGUUGCUGGGGGUUGUCAACAAUGUGUUGGUCUUUCUCAGCUUUCAUUUGCUGCAAGUACUCUACUUCCUAUACUUAAUCACAAUCUUGUUACUUCUAGCGAGAACAGACCACUGACCACCAUUAUUCCUGCCAAUGAAGCAUUUCACUCUUUUCAAAUUCAAUCAAGUGGCCAGAUUUUUGAACAGCAAAUUCUAAACAACAGUAUUGAAAUGUCAAUUAAUGAUGUUACUCAUUCAGAAAUAGGACAUCUAUCUUAUAAUAGUUUGAGUGUCAAAGAUGAAAUUGAACAUUAAAUUUUGUAAUUAUUUAUUGUGAGCAACUGUCGUUUAAGUUGUUGCAAAAAUUUGGUUUAAACAGCAUCAGUCAGUUUUAUGAUUUUUACAAUUUUCUCAAUAAGUUACGCGUUAAGUAUUUCUUUUGGAUUUUAUGUUUUCAUACAUAAUAAUGUUUAAAGUUUUGAGUUAUAGAAAAAAUUGAGAGUAAAAAAAAAAGAAAUAAAAAAGAAAAUAUUUUUUUAUUGUGCAAUUUAAUCUUGAAAUAUGAAGCAUUAGAUUUUUUGAGCAUUAACAAAAAAGACUUGCAGUUUCAGGUUGUUUUUUUUUCAAAAGUACUGUUGUAAUCGGUAUUUGUUUUUGUUUGUUUGUUUGUUUUUUUUAAUAAAAUUUAAUAUUUGCUCAUUGUAGUUUGGAUAUUUAGUGUGCUGUGUAUAUUAUAAUGUAUAUUAUUUCAUUUUAUUUUAUUGUUAACCUUUUAUUAAUUUUUUUUUUUUUUUGUUACACAAUAAUUGUUAUUUUUAUGAAAUUCUUUAUUAUGCUUUAUCACAGUUGUUUUUACGACAGUUUUAUUUUACUUUUAAAAGAUCUUUUUUUUUCUGAAUAUAAUGAAAAGAUAUUUCUUAGCUAUGUUCUAUAAAUAUAUAUUUGAUAAAUUAUUUUUGCUUAUUAAGAAUAGAAUUGUUUCUAUGAAAUAUGUAUUUUUUUAUAUAUUUGAAGAAUUUACAUAUACUUAUGUCAA